AGCACCAAUGGUCUGUUUUUGAUAUAUUUCAACUGAUCUGUAGUUCUCUAGUCCCCGGUUUUGAUUGAUGUUAGUUUAAACCCUCAUUUACUAGGGCGUCAUUUUCAAUAAAUCUGGCGCCUCCGUAACCGUAUCGUAAACAAUCGUCGCAUUUUCGAGUGAGAGUGAAAUACAGAUCAACAUGUUGUAGUUGUAAAGGACGAUCCCACGACCUGCCAAUCCAACCGUCCGCCCGACAGCAUAUUAUUGCCGCCCUCAACAUGAAAACCACCGACAACGAGCGUGAGUGGAUCAGUAUCCUGAGUAAAAACGUACCCACACCAGAGUCAAGAUGGUAAAUCUGCUAGACAAAUCAACCAGCUUUGGCUGUUUCGCAUGACAAGUUUGUCCUUGUAGUGUAAUCCUGUUUAGGUAGUUCAGCAGCAUCACAGGCCUAGCAUAUCAUGCUGAUUAUAGCAUCACAAAUCCCAAAACACGAUUAGAAAACGCCUUUCAUGGGGCUCAGCAUGAGAAACUCUUUUGGCAUGCAGAUUUGCAUUACAACUCUGGUGUGGGUACGUUUUUACUCAGGAUAAUCAGCCUCCGCGGCUCCCUGCCCGCGUCCGACAAAGCGGCCCUGACCGAGUAUGAAAUGCAAAAGUUAAAGUAUCGUACUCGUCGUAUAAAUGCAUUACAAAUUUCCUCAGCAUGAGAAGUAAAUUUGUCAUGCAGAAGAUUUAACUUGAGAAAGAAAUUUGUAAUGCAUGAUUGCAAUACGAGCUCGAGCGCGAGACUUUUGGACAGGAUACCGAGAUCCGCCAGGUAAUUCUGGACUGGCAAACCUUCCUGGUCGACGAUCUCUGCUAUCACAAGAAAAAGCGUUAAAAACGUUAACGGAAUUUGUGAUGCAGUAACGCAUCAGAAAGGGUAGGGUCGGGUGCCCAAAUUUGUAUUGCGUAGCAUGCAUGGAAGGGAAAAGUUGUAAUGCAUAACUGCCAUCUGUGAAAACCGUUAACGUUAGCACGACUUUUUGCAUUUGAUAUCUGCCCCCUGCCCACCAAGAUCCACCCGUCCAAAGAGGCGCUGCAGGCGAUUUUGCACCUCGUGUUGCGGGUGAAGCAAGGGGAGGAAGAGAGGUCAACAAAUGGUGAUGCGCAGCUCUUGUUGUCGGACCAGGAGGUCGUCGUGGGAAAAAUAAAACCUUUGCUUUCUACUCCUGCUGACCACUCUUCGACCCUCUACCCAACAUUUGCUUCGAACAAGGAAGACUUGUACCCCGGGGGCGCCGGUGCCGCUCCCGCUACCGCAGAAUUUAUUUCAUCAGCAACUGCUGAAGUUCGCCUACUGGAAACCAUUCUCCAGAAACGGGCGAAACAGCUGCAAAGCCCGGGCAAGAGCCAGCGGGAUCUGCUAAAGCACAUCAUCGACAACAUGCAGGGGGAGGCCCGCACGCGGUUCCUCUGGUCGCAGCGCGGGGUGUUCGAGCAAACGCCGCUCGACGUCUUCUUGCAGUGCGAAUUCUUAGCAGCGGAAGACUUUCUGAAGCAGAACAGCAGUCUGUUGAGCGUUUUGUUUAGGCUGGAAGAUCAGCACCGCGAACAAUUGCUGAAAAGGUUUCCGGCCAGUCGGCCACCUCCACUGGCACUGCGGGUGCGGCCCGAGAGGGUGGUGAUUCGGCGGGUGGCCACGUUUUUUAAGGAGCAUAUCCCACGAAAAAACUGUUUCACUGUGGUGAUUUUGCAAGAUCUGCUUCACAAGUUUGUUACACAUGAGACAGAAAAUUUGCCAUGCGCGAUUCCAAAGGGAAAACACCCCUAAAGAUUCAAGGUCUUGCAGAUGUAGCAAGACAAAUAGUUCUGUGUUCCAUUCUAUACAUCACAAGUUCACACUGAAGCAGUUUUUUCUUGCGAUAGAGCACGUCCUCCGCCCGAUGUUGAUCUCCUUCGAAACGGUGUUAAUGACGGCGUACGGAAAUUUCGGACACCCUAACCACCAGGCCUCCAUGGAGCAACGCCGACAGAUGGUGCAGCACCAACUCCAUAUGAAGUUCUCAAGUGUUACAUUCUCAACUGUUACAUGAAUUUGUAAUGCAAUAAUGGCAAAACCAAAAGUCAAAGAAGAGAUGAGAGGUUCUACUUGCACCUGUAGCAUUACAAAUUCCGCACAGAUUCUUGAGGCACUGUUUAGCCUUUCCAACAUUCGUCAUGCGAAGCAGCUUCAUUGUGUGCAUGUUGAUGCUCAUUUUGCAUGACAAAUCAGCUGAGAAUGUAACGCUUGAGAGCGCCAUACUCCACUACCACCGCUUGCAGAGGCGCAGGAUGUUCCUGGAAGAACUGAAAUCGGAUGAGGAGCGCAUCGAAGUAAUGCUGCAAUUCGCGAAACUGCUAAAGGUAUCAAAUGUAAAAAUGUCUGGGUCUGGAAGAGGAGAGGUUUGCCAUGCACAUUUUCCAUGAUCCAUGAUGUCUGUGAUGUAUGCCAUAGCAUCACAGAUCUUUUGAGCGCCUAUCGAUGCACAUCCUGCAUGACAAAUGCCCUCUACGCGUGGCCAAGCUUGGCCCCUCUUGCUGCUCAUGCAACACAGAUUUUUUCACCAUCCAAAUGCAGCAUCACAAGUUUGCCUCUUCCAGACCCAGACACUUUUGCAUUUGAUAGAAGGGCAGUAGCCACGCGGGCGGCGGGCCGCGCGAGAGUGGCAACAACGAAUGGCUGUUCCAACGGGGAGAGUCUUGUUUGGGAACCGCAGAACUCCCGCAGUGGUAUCCGAAGAGCUCGCACUACCUGAAAAUGCUGUAUGACUUGUUUUUCCUGGUUGAGUAUCCCAUGUGAAACUUGAUAAUCUAUCGGAAAAAUCACCACUUCCAGCCUCAACUUGUCAUGCGUAAACAAGAUGCCACUAAAUUGACAUUCUAAUUCUUUGCUGAUUUGCAUGCCAAAUUUCCGCUUUUUCGCAUUGCAAGUUGAGGUUGAAGAAGUUGGUGAGCAGUUUUUUCUACGGGAUACCGACGGGAGCGAUUACAGCCCGGCGUUCAUGCUGUACGACUGCAAAAGGUACAAAAACAAAUGUUUUAUGAAUGAGUGUGCUUUAAUAUCUCGUUUUCAUCUCCGUUUCACGGUAAAUCAUACCCAUGUUGCCAAUGUUUUCAAAUCGGACAAAAAAAAGUGUCUAUCCUAUGCCAGAUAGCUACUUAGUACGAGAAAUAGUUUUACAACACUCAAAUCUCCAGCAUCUCCGGCGCGCAACAAGAACAGCGGCAGCCGCCGCCUCUGUCUUCGGUGGGAUUCGUUUAUGGCGCUGUCAAGAACUUCUGUGAUUACAUGGAAUUAUGUUGCUGUCUUGUCGGUUGUUGGUCAUGCAAACCGCCCUCUCUGAAUUUCAACUUCCGCAUAAUGAGGCCGCAGGCUAACAAGCGUGCGACUGCGACGCGCUGCCUAGCACUGUGGUCCGUGUCGAAUGUUCAUGGCAAGAAGCGAAAUAGUCCUUGCUUCCUCGUCGAGUCUUGCUUUCCACAACUAAAAUGUUGGGCCACAGAAUUUGAUGGAGCACCAUAAUUUGACAGCGCCAUAUAUUUCUCCACCAAAUUCUAGAGAACGCCUACCAGGCGAGUGAAAAAUUCGUCCGGAACGAACUGCGGCUGAAAGGAAUCGGGGCAUCCAUGCCGGGCACUACGAUACAGGUCGCCGAAAUGGUGAACCAACACGAGCGCGCUGUGAAUGGGACUACACAGGUCGCCGACUUCGCGUGCGCCGGCACAUCAAGUACUACUUCUACACCGGCGCCGGCAACAACUUCUGCUGCAACUAGUACGACCACUUGCCCAGGCUUCUACCAGUCAGCUGCUGCCAGUGCUGUCAUGCCCGUCGUGCCUGGAAAUGUAAAUGCCUAUCCAAGUGCUGCUGGCCCUUGUUCUCCACCAUCUUCAGACCAGUUAUUUCCUCUCAGCAACGCCCCGCAGGCCAUCGGGGCACGGAUGCAGCAAAAUCUGACGAACGCGGAAUUGGGCUUGCCCUCGUUCCUAUGCAGUGCAAAUAUGUCUGGGUCUGGAACAAACUUGUGACGCUGGGUGGCGUAUCAUGAGGGAGCCACAAGUGCUGGCGCAGCAUGACAAGUUUCUGAGCUUCUAGGUGUUGCCUAUUCUGCGCGACAGACUGCGUUUCUGCAUGACAGAAAAGCGGGGCUGCUCUUGGCUAGCGUGCAUGACAGAUUUAACACUCAUGCCAGACAAGCAUGACAAACAUGCGUGCUUCCAGACCCAGACACUUUUGCAUUUGAUACUUCCUAGCAGGACCCGUUACAGCGGAAGCUGCAAAUAAUCAUGCCCUUCAACCUCCAACCCCUACCCCGCCACCUGCUUUUCCUUGUCCUCAGCAGUUUCCCAGCGCGAUGAACCAGACGAUUCUGUUUCAGGACGGCGAAAUUUACCCGCGUAUCUGUGGGAAGAACACCAUUUACACGAAGGACAUUUUGAUUUACCACAACCAGCUACAGCAUUUUCGGAACCGCUUUCACGUAUCAAAUGCAAAAAUGUCUGGGUCUGGAAGAAUACAAACUCGUGAUGCGCAUUUCAGCACACAGAAAAAUCUCUGAUGCAUAGGUAGCAAAAGCUACCAAGGUCUUGUUUCCAGACAAAACACCAGACAACCAGUACCGCCCUAGUCUAGUCGAGUUUCUCCGGCUAGGGAUGGCUGGCAUACCACGAUAGAUAACGCAGUACCGAAAUUUUCAAAAGUUCUUCCUUUCGGGGGUCUUCUUUCUCUCCUCUUUUUACCCUUCGGGGUCGUCCUGGUAAAGUGCGAGGGGGACGCGAGCUUUUCGCGUUGGGUUUCAAAAUGGUGGACAGCGGGCCUUCUGCGCACUUGCGAAGCCCCUAGCCCCUCCUACAAGACCAGUGUUUUUCUUCUUUAUUUUAUGUAAUUGAUACAUCACCCAUGAUGGCUACGGGUCGUAUCUCCCUCCUUUUGAUAUAAGAUGAAUUACAACUAUGAAAAUAUAUAUUGUUCUAGAGUGGACGGGAACGACGAGCUAGUGCAUUCACGUAGUUCUCUUUUAUUUUCUUUCUUCAAAAAGUUCAAGUCGUUCUCUUCCCCGUGCUGUGCCAAGGUCUUGUUUCCAGACAAAACACCAGACAACCAGUACCGCCCUAGUCUAGUCGAGUUUCUCCGGCUAGGGAUGGCUGGCAUACCACGAUAGAUAACGCAGUACCGAAAUUUUCAAAAGUUCUUCCUUUCGGGGGUCUUCUUUCUCUCCUCUUUUUACCCUUCGGGGUCGUCCUGGUAAAGUGCGAGGGGGACGCGAGCUUUUCGCGUUGGGUUUCAAAAUGGUGGACAGCGGGCCUUCUGCGCACUUGCGAAGCCCCUAGCCCCUCCUACAAGACCAGUGUUUUUCUUCUUUAUUUUAUGUAAUUGAUACAUCACCCAUGAUGGCUACGGGUCGUAUCUCCCUCCUUUUGAUAUAAGAUGAAUUACAACUAUGAAAAUAUAUAUUGUUCUAGAGUGGACGGGAACGACGAGCUAGUGCAUUCACGUAGUUCUCUUUUAUUUUCUUUCUUCAAAAAGUUCAAGUCGUUCUCUUCCCCGUGCUGUACCAAGGUCUUGUUUCCAGACAAAACACCAGACACUUUUACAUUUGAUAUCACGCGCUGCAGUACGACUUACUCGACUUGGCCGAACAGACUGACGGGUUUACGAAAGUCGUGGUUUCAUCUUGUUGUCAAGAAGAUAGUAGUAAUUCUGGUCCGUUCAUCAACUACAGCGACAGCAGAACUGCGACUCCAGAUGGUCGUGAUGUUCCCGGGACGACAGCUGCGGGAAAAAUUAUGAGUGCUGGGACGACUGGAGGUGGGGGUCGUGUUGACCAUGCUGCACCUGGUGCAGGAGGUGCUGCAGGGAACUACACGAAUGCUGGGAAUUCUGUGCCACCCCAACUGUUUGACGACAAAAAAGUCACCCUCAUCGUCGAUAGGAACCCGCCCGUGGGUGGAGGUGCAGGAGCAGCUCCUGGGAUGUCUACCAGUACACCUCGACCUCCGCAUGAAAAACAACUAGAGCAUCUUCAGGGAGCUGCACAAGUGCCAAACCAAAAUACCAAUUCUGCUUCUUCUGCCACCCCGCAAGCAGAAGCACAAACUAUGACGGCCGCCACGCCCGUGCAACACAACACUGGACCAAGCGGCACCACCAGCACGGCGAACAACAAGAAGAACUCCUCCGUUGAUAUCAUUCCCGACCCCGCGCAGGCCCGGUUGGAGGCGAAAUAUGGGCCCGUCGUCGAAGCCGUGCAACACUACGCCUUGAUCUGGUGCGAUGUCGCGACAAAGAGUCCAGAAACUGGAAAGUACCAAUUGAGUUCCUACCAUGGGUUCCUGCCGAAAAAAAUCGCGACACGGACAGGAAACGACGGCAACAUCAUGGACCAGAUAUGCAUUGCAAAUAUGUCCGGGUCUGGAAGAUUGCAACUUCUCAUGCUAAAUCCGAACCAUGCAAAAAUUUGUGUUGCAUGAGUGCCAAAAGCUGCCCACUUUCGACCAAGUUGGGAUCGAGUUUCUCAUGCAGGAUAGGCAUGGCAGAGACCUCGCAGAGUCUGUCACGCUGGGCCCCGCAUUCCAGAUCUCAUGGGACAUGGAAAACCUGCAUGACAAGUUUACACUCUUCCAGACCCAGAUACUUUUGCAUUUGAUACCAGACUGGAAAAAAAUCUACUUCUAAACUACCGUCUGCGCCGCCACAACUUCUACCGGCAUCCACCACGAAGGACCAGUACCAACAAGCGACCGAAAGAGGCACUAUGAUGCCCUUUUCGCACCGGUUGCAGACGCACGUGUCGGGAACACCGCACGACUUGCAGAUGACGCAUAUCCAAUCCAAAUAUGUCUGGGUCGUCUGGAAACAAACUUGUGAUGCAAAUCUGUGAAUGGCAGGCACACUCCUGUAAUGCGCAGCCAAGCAUGACAAGCUUAAUAUGACGGGCUAUGUGUUUCGUUUUGCGCAUGGCAAACUGCGUUUUUGCCUUACAGGCAGGGGGCCCUGCUUUUCCUGCUCACGCAACACAGGUUUAAGACUCCUGCCGAACAAGCAUGAGAAACUUGCACUCUUGCAGAGCAGACCCAGACAUAUAUGCAAUGCAUAACGCACGUGCGGAAGCAAAUCGAGUUGGCGUUUCCGGAUCAGGAGUUUUCGGAGCGUAUUAUCACAGUGAAAAGUGCCCCCCACCCCUGAAAUUGCAAGAGUUUGUGAUGCGAAGUUUCCAAAUGAAAACUUUUUGUCAUGCAUGAAAGGAGUAUGAAUCUUUCUGAUGCAGAGUCUAGGCGUGUAUCGUAUCGCUUGCAUGACAAGCGGCGCUCUUGCUGGGGUCUUUUGCAAUACAAAUUUUUUGUAUUCACGAUUGGAAACCUGUGAUGCUGAUAGAUGCAAGAGGGCGAAUGUUUCAUUUGGAAAGGUUUGCAAUACAAAUGCUCCUAAGUUCGGGGGUGGGGGUAUUUUUCACUGUAAUACGUAUCAAAGGAGAUUCAUCUUCAGGCUUCGCCACCGUCGUCCUGCUGCUACUUCAUCUACUGACCAUCCCUCUACAUGUUGAACAUGCAUCAUGCAGCCACCCGCCACUUGUCGUGGCCGCGGGAUAGAAGUUCAUAAAUUGCAAAAUCCUAUUACUAUCUAUUAUAUUCAUGCGAAAAAAGAGGUCUACAGAGGAUAGAAGAGAGGUGGCCGAGAGGUCAAAAAGAGGUGAAGAGAGGUCAAAAAGAGGUCCACAGAGGUGGAGAGGUGGCGCGGGAGGUCAUUCGGGAGGGUGGCCGAGAGGUGGCGCGAGUAUAGCCAGCCGAACCGGUCGCCCUAAAGCCGCGCCUAUGGGGCCCGGAGGUGGCCGAGAGGGCCCCGAGAGGGUAAGCGAGAGGGGGACAGGGGUGUCGAGAGGUUGCGCGAAUAAGGGCGAACCUCUCGCGCACCCUCUGGGCCACCUCUCGGCCACCUUUGUAGACCUCUACCGGCGAGUAUAGCCGGACUAUUAGCAACACCUCUCGGCAGAGGUGAAAAAGAGGGUCUGCGAGAGGGUUAAAAAAACUCGAAUCCGCCCGGCAAGGGGUCGAUUUUUUGGGCCUUUUUUGUCGCGUAGGUUCGCACCCUAACGCGCCACCCCCUCGCGCUACCGUCCCGCGCACCCUCUCGCGCACCCCCUCGCGCCACCCUCUCGCGCCACCCUCUCGCGCCACCCUCCCAGGCCACCCUCUCGCGCGUGAUCACAAAAGGGCAUCGCGGCCCCCGUUCUGCCUCGGCAGGCACCUACGCCGAGGCGGCUUCGCUUCGCCCCCAAGCGUCGCUGCAGCUGCUCCCUGCGCAUAGCGCCUGAAGGCGCGGGAAGCGCGCAGGAGGCCCAGCGGGUUGAGAUGGCGCAAACCGGCGCCAGUAUUUCCUUCGACCUACCGCGCCGUGCGCAAAGCUCUGGCGCUGUGGCCCGAUCCGCAAAUCGUCCUGCCUCACCACAACAGCCGCUCGCCCCGGCGUCAGCCGGGGCAUGGCUGGUAAUCUGUCAUGCAAUAGUUGUAGAUGGACGAGACAUGAUCGAGAAUCUUCACUUGUAGUUGUAAAGAAUGGGAAAAAUGUUGAUGAUCAAAACACUUCGGGCAACAGGACAACUACCAGAUUUUUUUCAUUCCAUAAAAAAUUGCUUUUUCACGGAGCCCGGGUCCCACUACAACCGGAUGGACAAGUAUUUCUUCGUCUUUUUGAUCACGAUGAUGUUCUUUUUUGAUUAUGCGACACAAAUGAAGAACUUCUUGCCUGUCCAUCAUCGAACUACACAAAUUCCCAGGACAUAAGUAGAGAAUAACCACAUCAACCAGGUUCGCCGACUUCGCCACCAGCGGCAGCAUGGACUGGUGCAAGCAAACCUCGGUCGCCGCUUUAGAAACGGUCGCGGGAAAGCAGGAAUAUUGUAAAUCCUUGCACGAACAAGGCAUCCACCUGUUGGGCGGGGAUCUCCCGCUGCAGUGCUCGGUGGAACUGAUUCUGAAAGACCACUUUGUCGCCAACGCAGCGGACGUAUCCAGGAAAAUAAAACACCCAUCUCCAUCUAAAUUGUCACGCAUGAUGCGUGACAAUCAUCACAUGCUCACGCAUCAAAAGCACUGUUUGUCAACAUGCAAAAAAUGGAUGGGUGUUUUCUCCUGGAUAGGGCAUGCACUGGUUGCUGUUUUGCAAGUCGGACGACCGGGGGAACGGGAAGAUGCGGAGGAACAUUGAAUGCUGAUGAAGAUAACCUUUUUUGGUCAAUAGUGACAUCAUCGAUAAGAUCAACUUGUUUGAAUUGGAUCCAUUCAACCCCGUGACAUCUCCCUCGAGAGAAAUAGAAAUCGUUGAUUUGUGAUUGAGAUUUUUGAACUUUUGGCGUCAAUAUGGAUACUAAUUCCAAGUGAAAACAAACAGCCACGAUCUUGUCCUUCUCCUUGUUGGUCGAGGACACCACGAUGGAUUUGUCUAUGUAUGGUUGUGAUGAUGACGAGUGCGAUCUUGAUCCAUCCUCUGUUCCACCGACGGCAAGAACCACCACCAGAUGACGGAG